AUGCCUUUCGCGGACAACACUCAACCGGAUUUAGUCGAUGACCUAGUCUCGUCUUACUAUUCCACGGCGAAAGACGAGCGAGAGGGCAGAUCCAAGCCAUCAUCGUCAACACCCAGCGAGUGCGACGACAUGGACUUCUACGACCUAUACAACGCAGACGAGGACGAAGAAGAGGAGGACGAUGUAUCAAAGGGGGAUGUCCGAAGCAGCCGUUCAGAAAGUCCUGUAUACGGCAGCGCUCGUGAUCAAAGUCUCUCUGAAGUAGAGGAUGCUCCAGACUCCCCAUCCUCUGAUGUGAAUCCCAAAGAGGCUUUGAGUGGUCGUCCGCAGCAAGCUAGUAGAAGCUCGGGGUCGUCACAAUCGGCAUCAGCUAACGAUCAAGGGAAAUCCACCAAAUAG